AUGGACGUCUUGCACCUAAUUAAUUGCUUUAUUCUCAGCUUUGGACCAAUUUUUAUUAUUUUUAGAACAACAAGGCUUCGGUUAUAUGGGGUUCGAACUUUGAUAUCUGGGUUUGUCGGAUAUAUAAUAAGUGCAAUGUUUAGCUUGAUUUUUAUUGAUUUUAAUACUAAAUUAAAAGAAUCAAGACCUAUUUAUGCAGAAUUAAUUACAGGCUUAGCAGGUUUCGUUGAUGUUUUUAUUCUGCAAGCGAUUUUUUCGUGGAGGUCAACAAAAAUAGGUGACAAGAACAUCAAAAUGAUAAGCGCAGGCUUAGGCUGGGCUUCUGCUAAAAUUAUUGCAGGAUAUCUAAUAAGCAUCAUCUCAACUUCCAAAGAAAGUGAAUUUUCAUGAGAUUUCAUCCAAAAAUCAAUUCUUGCUAACUGCGAAAUCGGCCAAAUGAUUGCAUUUGCGUGCUUAGUGUGGGUCACUGUCAAUGGAAACAAGCCAGAGCGACUAAUUGCCUGGCUUCUCAUAUCAGUCAAAGUCCUGAUUUUUCCUCUUUCAAAAGAAGUGCUGCUUAUAAAACACUUUAUAGGAAUCUGGGGCUCUUUGGUUUUUGAAGGGGCUUUUUCAAUAAUCCUUGUGCUCGUUACAAAACUUUUAGUAGACUUAGCAAUACUUUAA